AAGUGUACAUUUAUUAUCAUGGCGUGUGCAGUUGACGCACAGAAUUUGAUCUCUAUUUCUUUGCGGAAAAUGCAUAACUCCAGAACGCAGAGAGGAGGUAUCAAGCUCCACAAGAACUUGCUGGUCACAUAUGUCCUGAAAAACGCUAGAGAUUUUUACAUGAGCAUGGAGUUUGCAGAAAUGUAUAGCUGCCUACAGCAGAACGGAGAGAUGAGGACUGUCUGUGAUGAAAAGCAGGACUCUUUUGAAAUGACCGGGAACUGUGAGGAUCUAGCUGGUGAGUUUUGCUGCAACUACACAGGGGAUGUGUUGGACACUUACCACUGCGCAGCGCCACAAUCGGCUAGCCACCCAGCAAUGGUGCCCGAUGCGCAGAUCCAAACGGCACCUGCCUGUUUCAUGGCUCCUGUCUAUCAAUGUGACCCUAACCUAAAGUCCUCGGGGGUCUGCUGGGACUGUUAUGCGGAACCUUACACAGCCAACCAGGACAUUCCUGUCUCAAACACACACAACCAAAAGACUGUAUUGGACUUGGACACACAUGUGGUGACUACUGUCGAGAAUGGAUAUCUCCCCCCAGACUACUGCGUGUCAUUUAAACAACAUGGUCAGGGCCCGCAAAGUUCUCAUAAGAAACGAAAAAUGGAUUCAAGUGAUGCUUCUGAUUCCGAUUAUCUGUCAGACUUUGUGCCCAUGUCAUGCAAACGCAUUAGGUCUGAUGACGUUUCUUGUUGUAAUUCUGAACAACUGGACACACCGAACAUCUCCAACCUCAUGUCAGUGUUAGGCUCGGGGUUUACUGAGCUGUUGAACUGGCAAACGGACGUGGAACAGGUAGUAAACGGACAAACAAACUGUUGUAAACAAGCACUGGCGGGCAGCGGUGCAUGGACUAGAGCAAUUGAGGCUUUUUGAUUGACACACCUAACAUUUUUCUACAAACCAUUGGUGGUCUCAAAAAAAAUACAUAAUUGAUAUACUUAAACACUGUUCUGCUCUUUUUCAAUUUAAAAGCUGUUGAACUCAAUUUAAAUUGUACUUUGGGGAGAGGGCUCGCGCAAUAUGUGCGAUGACCUAUGCUAACCAUGGAUUGCUGAUGCUAUGUAUGCCUAUUGGCCAUUUAGAGGCUAUGAAGCCACGGGCCGGCCAUAUUGGCAUUCCCCAGUACGUGCAGUCCUCGGUAGCAAUUAAUGGAAUUUCACAGCAUUUCAUUUAAAUGUUUCAAGGGAACAAUUAAAUGUAUGUAAGUAUUUGUGUCGUUUUAUUGGGGACAGUAACAUUAGUAAUGUCCCAAAAAAUAUACUUUAAGGAUUUUUUAAAACAUCUUUUUUACAUUUUGAAUGUGUAUCUUACAUUAAGGUGUCUGUAAUAAAAUACAUGUAGCAAUCGAAUGUGGGCAAAAAAUGCAUUUAUAUAGCUUCCAAAAUGUUUUUCUUUACACUGGUGGGGGAGUGCCAAGAUGGAGGCACAGUGGCUUCAACACAGCGCAUCCAAAAUGUUUUCUAGUGUGUAUAUGUAAUUCAUUGGAUAUAGUGUUUUCUCCUGCACCAAGUUGUUGCCUUCAUGUGCCUUGCAUGCCUUGCUCAAAUGUGUGAUGCAGAACCAGCUCCACCAUGCGAUGAUGGAAAAGAACUACACCAAUUUAUUGCCAAAUGCAUUUUGAUAACUCCCGUGAAAUUAUAAGAAAAUUAGCAGGUGUGUUAUGCAUUUCAUAGACCAGUAUAGGCUGUUUUAAUUAGGCCUGUAGACCAAGUAAAUUUGGGACUAUAAUUUUUUUGUAACUGAAGAAUACAUUUAUUUGCAUAUUUCCGUUAAGGAACGCCUACUCUGUUUAGUGCGCGUGUGCAAUAACUCAAUUCGCCUUUGCGCUCUUUCUAAACAACGCCAUUUUUAGAAACGUUGGCAAAGGGUAAAGUCUACAAAAAGCAGUCUAUCCUGUUUUACUUUUUAAGAGAGAUUUUAAUUUAGGUAACAAACUGUGUGGAGAUGAAAUGUUUCA